GUGUGAGCGUCCAAAAAACGGGUGGGGUGGAAGAAUCUGAACCAGACUGUAAAUAUGGUCGUUAACGGCUUAAAGUGCGUUUUUUUAAGCGGGCGGAACAUUAUGAGAAAAUAUGGCGUAUUAUUCCUGCUACUGACUGAUGUGUUCUUCAAAUCCGUAAAUGGGUACCUGAGCUCCGCACAUGUGGGUCAAGAUCCUGCUUACACACCUCAACACGGCCCGGCAGUACCAGGUCCGGCUGGGUCCGCAGAACCAGCAGCAGCAGCAGUCCCCUCUUCCUCAUCAUCAUCAUCACCAUCAAAUUCUUUGGUCGAGAAUCACGAGGCAAAGUGUCCCAGUGGAGGACUGUGUAAUAAGUUACCAGCUGACUGCUUCACGUGUGCGUAUCAUCACAACUGCAGCUACGGAAAGGCGGCCAAUUACACCUGCAGGGCCAAGAAAGGAGUUCACUGUGUGGACGCCUCGGAUCGGCAGCAGACCGUCUUUAACUUGACGGUGGAUUGUCAGUUUUGCUGGCAGCUCGAUCCAGCUCUGUAUCGCUGCAACAUUUCUACCACCUGCAUGACCGUGCACUGCCCUCGAAAACGCUAUAACGCCACCUGCACCGUCCUGGACCAUGUAAACUGCAUAGGAAAAAGGGAAUUUCAGAAGCGUCUGUUUUGCAACUGGACCGGAGGAUACAAAUGGUCCACAGCACUGACGCUCAGCAUCACUCUGGGUGGGUUCGGAGCCGACCGCUUUUAUCUGGGUCAGUGGAGAGAGGGACUGGGCAAGCUUUUCAGCUUCGGCGGACUGGGCAUCUGGACCCUCAUUGACGUCCUCCUCGUCGCCGUGGGAUACGUAGGGCCUGCUGAUGGAUCGCUCUAUAUCUGAGGCAGAAAGUGACGUUACACAGGGUUUUUUUUUUUGGUUGUUGCUAUUUGUUUUUACAGAAAGGGAAUUUCAGACUGGACUGAAAGAGUGAAGUGAGAUUAAGCUUAAACUGGGUUUCUCACCGCAACUAGGCUUCAGGGAAACCUGAUUAUUGUGUUCACAUAUAAACACAAGGUGUCGCUUGAUAUCACUACAGGUGAACGACUUCAUAGCCGCCCGCAUGAUUCCCAGUCCUAGUGCACAUACGAGAAAGCUUGCCGGUUAGGAGAAGAACUCCUGUGCUCACGUUGAGGUGUGCUGAACAAAAAGGUGUGAGAUUUUAAUUCUCUGCAUCAGAAAAAAAGACUGGGAAAGAUCCUCGACCUCAUCCUCGACCUCAGAGACUAAUUGUAAUGCCAGUUUUUAUCUUAGGUGUGUGUGAGGCGUUCCAUCAGUCUUCAUCAGGAAAAUGAGUUGUAGAUUAAAAAAGAAAAAAAAAAAAGACUCAUGACAUGUACCCUUAGAUUCUUUUUGCCUUUUUUUAACGUUGAAAAGAAACAAAAAAAAUUUCAAGAUGUGUCCGUGCCAUUACGCUGUUACAGUAACAUACUUCAGCUUGUUCGGUGUGUGUUUGUUGUAAUGUUUGUCGCUAGGCAGUAACUGAAUUUGUACCAUUAUUUAUUUUCUCAUUUCCUUUUUUUUUUUUUUUUACAAACCCAAAAAGCUCCUGAUAAGACCAAAUGUUUAUAUUAUUAUAUCAGUUCUUCAGGUUCAUUAGGUUUCACCAAGCAAAUAUUUCGACUCCGAUGUGUUUUUUUUAAAUGACUGAUCGUCAUCAUACGAGGGAUGAAUGUGGAGUAAUUAUAGAAAUAAAUGCUGCAAAAAUCCAA